AUGGCGGAGUUGCGGUACCAGCAGGAGGAGGAAGCGGCGGCGGCGGUGAAGUCGGAGGAGUUAAGCGAGGAGGAGGAUGAGGAGCCGGAGGAAGAUGUGGAGGAAGGCGGGGACUACACCGACAGCUACGGCCACUACGGCGACGACGACAUUGAGGUAGACGACGCGGAACUGGACGAGCUCGACAGCGACACGAGCGACCAGGCGUACUUCAACGCUUUGGGGAACGACGAGGAGCCACGAAGAGUGCAACCGUCUUGGGCCGUGCAACCAUCACCACCUCGCCGUCGUCGGCAGCCCACUGUGGAGAUCCCUGUGCGACGCCGGCUGCCUGGACCACCCGUGCCAGUGCCGCGGGUCUCACUGCCUGGCCCUCCGCGCCGUGGCAAGGCCAAGCGCAAGGCUCCAGCGCCGCCGCCGCCAGAACCCGAAUCGGAGGAGAGCGAGGAGGAGGAGGAGGAGGCUGUUGCUGCCGACUCAACAAGGGCCGUGGCCGACUCGCCGCCACUUCCGGAGUCUUCGGAUGAAGAAGAGGACGAGUUCUUCAGCAUGUCGUCGGUGUCGCCGCUCCGGGCCCGGUCUGUGCCAUCAUCGACAACGCCGCCUGCCAUUUCUGUGGCACUGCGGCACCAGACAACUCGUUCGGCCUCGCGGUCGGCAUCGCGUUCGGCCUCGCCUCCGGUGCGCAGGUCAAGCAGGAAUCAGCGGGGCGACGGAGGCGCCGCUGAAACUGGCCGUGUUCUGCGUAGCGCCGACCCCAACGUCGCGCUGCGCACCCGACAGUCCAACGCCAAUGCCGGCCGCCGGAGCCUCCGCCACAGCGGUGCCAACGUGCGGUACCGUGAGGCGUCUCUUCCCGAGUCGGACAUAGAAGAGGUGGCCCCGCCAAAGGCAGUGGAAGAGGAAGGGCGGGUGAAGCGGGGCCGGGGCCGGCCUCGGGGUUCAGGCAGGAAGAAGCCCACACCACCGGUACAGAAUGUUACCGUGGUGGACGAUGACAGCGAUGGAGUGCCGGCGAGGAGAACGAGAGCUCGAGGACGAGCGCAGAAGUCCGCGGGGCGUGCCGUGGAGGCUGCUGCAGAGGUCGGCGAGGUGGACGAUGGCGAGCCCGACUUGGACGAGUUCGACCAACCGGACUCUGCCGAGGAGGAAGAGGCCGCAGCGGAGGGAGAAGAGGCUGUGGCUGAAGACAGCGAUGACGCCGACGAACCGCUGAUGAUGACGCGGCACAAGCGCAAGGCUGCCGAGGCGUUAUUCCUCCCUGGCCCGGAAACCGACGAGGACGACGAGGACGAGCGCAGAGAGGUGCUCCGGCGCAAGGUGAUGGGUUUGUAG